AUGGCCAGGAAAUCUCCCCAAAAACCUGCUGCCGCUUACGUUGAAGAAUACGAUGACGACGCAGGAAGUGUUAUCCCUCACACUCGCCAAAGCGCUAAUAUUGCUGCGAAGCGAUCCAAGUCCGACUUUGGGCCAUUGGAACUUGUGCCAAUCGACUUUGCCAGCGACUCGGGCUAUUCAAGCCGUACUGCGGCGACCGGGAAUAGUAGCCAGUCUCGCGCAAGUGGAAAGCCUAGCCCUCUGGCUUUGAGUCUAGAUACCAAUCCCAGGAGCAAGACCGCCGACGCUGUCCGAACAAAAGAAAGCCGAAGGGACAGGGACAAGGGAAAACAACGGGACGAAAAGCGUGCGUCUGCUGAUAUGAUGUACAUGAACCCUCGGACCGUUGCUCCUCAUCAAAGAUCUCCUUCAAAGUCCAGACGUAGGGAAAGCGUCACAAUGCAACACCAGCCCCCGGAAGGUUAUUGGCCCUAUGGUAACAACGGAUAUCCCCCGGCCGCCAUGCCUGCGUAUCCUGUGCCUACUGUGGACCCUCGCCCCAUGGAUUACCACCAUUAUUACUCUCAGCCGCCUCCUCAGGCGAAUGAAAUACCUCCCCCUUCUCCCCAGGCUUCUCGAUACCCUUAUCCUUCUUAUGGACCAGAGAUGCAUGUGGCCCAGUCACCUAUCCGUCAGCGACGUCCAAGCCGCGUGUCAGCCUAUCACUUGGAUGAACGGCCUUUGAGUUACCAUGCAGGAAUGCCAGAAAACAUGUAUAACCCAGGUGCAUUGCCAGCUUCUUCUCCCUUUGAACAUUAUGGUCCUCCUCCUGCCACGUCUGCUUAUUAUACCCAACCCUCAACGCCACAACACCAAUACUUUGGCGAACCAGCCUCACCGUAUGACACGGUUUACGAAAAGUCUCGCACAUCUUCGGCGUCUCGACCGAGAGAGCAGCGUAGGCGGUCUUCGGUAUAUACGCGGCCCGUGAUUGAGCAACCUACUCCCAAGGCUUCCUAUGAAGACGGAGGCUACCUAGAACGCCAUGUUUCAAGAGAGCACCGGUCUUCUCGUCGACAAUCUGAGAGUCGAAGGCCUGAGAGUCGGCGGCCAGUCGAAAUCGACGGCUUGGACGAAGAUUACUACCGUAUGCCACCGCCUCCACCGCCGGUGCCCAAGCCCAAGGCCAAGAUUAUUCAGAAGCGACCGGAGCACCCUCCCAAGUCGAUGACCACAGGAAGUGUCCCUCCGACCGGUCGCCGCAUGUCUCACUCCAGAGACUCCUGGGAUCUGUCCGAGUUGAAAGAAGCGCUACCACACCAGCAGCUUCGCAAGAUCGUUGGCGGGCCGGAGCGCAGCCAAAGUAUGAAAGCUCCUCGAAGGAUGUCUUACAAUACUCCUGACGGCGCACGUCGGAUUGCUAUCGAAGACUCUCGUCGUCGACGUACUCUAUACUACGAUGACGAACCCGAACCCCGACCCGACUCGACGGUCGACAUGGAGCAACAGCAUCGAAAUGCUGAAGAAUACCAGGCUGCGAAAUCUGGCCGUACCGGCGUUCCUCUGACGGCAGAUGCCUUGAAACUGAAAACCCGAAUUGCUCAACAACGCCAGGAAAGCGACAGCGGCAGUCAGAAGAGUCGAUCUAACAGUAGCCGGGGAAGCGAUGCACGCACACGGGACGGUAGCGGAGUUGGUUCACAGUUUGAAAGUGACAACACCAUUUCUAUGAACCUGGGUGGAAUGAGUAUCAGUUUCAAUCCAGACACUGUUAGCGGCAAAACUAUCCACAUGCGGGCAGAUGACGAUGGUGCCUUUGGUCUCAAUAUUGAAGACCGUCGGCCCAAGAAGUACAUCAUGCCAGCGGGUUCGGAGUUUACUGCCCCUAUCAGCCGGAGAGAAAUCGAGGAUGGUCGACGGGCUCGAGAAGACAAACGGUCUGAUCGAGCUAGUCGACUGUCAAGUCGUUCCACCUUCAGUAGUCGUUAG